CUGAUCACGAAGGAGAGCUUCGCGGGGCUGGGGCGGCUGCAGACGCUGUCGCUGGUGGAGCUGCCGCGCCUGGAGCGCUUCGACGCGGACGCGCUGACGCGCCUGCGCCUGCUGGGCUCGCUGCACAUCCAGACGUGGCCGCGCAUCGAGAAGUACCGCUUCCGCCUGGGCGGCGCGCUCUCCUCCGUGCCCUCGCUGCGGCGCCUCUCGGUGCGCAUCCUGGAGCCCGCGCUGACGGACCAGCUGCUGAACGCCUUCUCGCCCAAGCUGCGCCACCUGGAGAUCACGGGCGCGGGGCUGCGCUCGGUGGCCGCCGACGCCCUCGACGGGCUGGACGCCAACUACGAGCUGGUGCUGCGCAUCCGCGGCACGCAGCUGAGCUCGCUGCCCGCGGCGCUGUUCGCGCGCCUGCACCGCGUGCCGCACCUCUCGCUCGACCUGCGCGACAACAAGUUCUCCACGCUCAGCCCCGGCACACUCUACCCCAACGGCUCGUCCUGGGAGAGCGUCGGCACCAAGCUCAUCUCGGGCGGGAUGAUGCUGAAGGGCAACCCGUGGUCGUGCGACUGCGGGCUGGUGUGGCUGGGCCACUGGCUGCGGCGCUGGCUGCGCGAGACGCUGCAGAUCCACACGGCGGUGCUGGAGGGCGCGCAGCAGAUGCAGGCGCUGGCGCGCGAGGCGACGUGCGCGGACCCGCGCACGGGCCAGCAGACGCCGCUGCUCGACCUCUACCCGGAGGACCUGAGCUGCCACGCGAGCGCGCUCUCCCGCGGCGGCUCGCCCGCGCUCAGCGCCGUGUCGCGCGCGCACCUCGCCGCGCUGCUCGCGCUCUGCUGGGGCUGCUGGUGGCGGUGGAGCCUGUGGUGA